AUGAUUGAAAAGGAGGUGCAGUUUGGACCCUUUCUACCAGGGCAAGAGGCACAGGAAGAGGGAGAAGAGGCCUCUGAUUUGCCUCCCCCGCCUCCGCCGCUCCUGUAUCCUCGGGGUGUAUGCACAGCUGCUUGGGACAAGGCGAGGCUGCAGCUGGCGUUGUUGCUGUCGCGCACUGCAGCGGAUGUUGGAGCGGCUCCUUCGACUACAGCAGCUGCUACAGCAGCAUUUCAUAUGAGUUUGUCUUCUUUCUUCCACAUCGACCCUUCGGCUGUUUCCUCCAGCCUCUCUGCCUCUCUCUUUUUGUCUGCAAAAGCAGCAGAUGAAGAGUUUAACCUCAGACGCGUCAUCGCUUCUCUUGGCUUUUGCAGCCACCAUGCAUCGGCAGCAGCAGAGGAGCGCCGGAGGCAACAGCUCCACAAGGAGCAGCCGCUCAAGCAGCAGCAGCGGCAGCAGCAGUUUGCUGGGGAAUACGUCGCCUUAGGCAUCAAGGAAUAUUGGCGUCAGAGACAGAGCUGUUUCUUAGAAGAACAGAGGCUUAUGCAAGCACUGGCCUUCACUUUUCCAAAUCCAACAAUCUGGCAGCAGCUGCCUCUGCUGCUGCUGCUGGCUCGGCCCGCCGCUGCAGAAGCUGCUGUCACAGCAGCUCUUGUUGCUGAUGCUUCUGUGGGGCCUCUUGUGGCAGAAACUGAAGAGAGAAUUUUCUUAUCUGCUGCAUGCUUGCUUGCGAGGAAGCUGGUAUGCCGAUUCCGAGACAGAAACAAACAGCUGCAAGAGCAGCAGCAGCAGCAGCAGUGGUUGUUUCCUCCCAGUUCUGCCGCCGUUGCUGCUACUGCCGCAACGCCUGAACAUAAAGCAGCAGCAACAGAAACGGUGCAGCUUCUAGAAGAUGAGAUCAAUGCAACUGCAGGAGCGCUACGGCCAGGAGAGAGUGAUACGCGUAGUCUGCUGCUGCGGCUGCUACCAAUGCUGCAAGGCAUCAGCAGCAGUAUUGACCAGUGCAGCAGCAGCAGCAGCAGUAAGAACAGCAACGGGCCGUUGUGUCAGCAGCUCGCUGCAGCAGCCAGGAAGAUGCUACUGCAAUAUACGUUGCUGUUGGAUGACAGCCAUGGGCACCAAGUGUAUAGACGGCUGGCUGGGGUGGAGGCUUGA